UUAGGAACCGAGACACCGCUCCUCUGUCUCAGGCGAUCUGUGGGCGGGAUGAUAUGCUGCCCCUGUCACCUGGCCACGCCUCCGGGAUCACUCAACAGCUCCGCCUCCUCGCCGCUGAUUGGCCACCGGAACUGUAGCUCAGGAGAGGCACACAGGCGGCCAAUCACCGGCGAGGAGGUGGAGCUUGGAGAGGAGGAGCCGAGCGGCAGCACGCGUAGAUCAAAGAAGAUCGAGGGAGCUGCAGGAGCGAGUGAAGAGAGAGGCCAGAGAAGGAAGACAGCUGACAGGAGAGGGAGAGAGCGAGCCCAGGCUGGAGCAGGUGACACCAACGUGACACCAAUGGGGCGAUGGGGGGCGCUGUUCCCCCCCCACUGACACCAACGAUGGGGCGCUGUUCCCCCCCCCACUGACACCAACGAUGGGGCGCUGUUCCCCCCCCCCCACUGACACCAACGAUGGGGCGCUGUUCCCCC